AAUUUAUUUGCUCUAAAAUCUGUCACGUGUUUAUAUUCACUAAAUUAUUUGCACAUCAAGCCAGUGAUAAACUCUUUCAGGAACCUAAACAGAAGUUCUGAUUUGUUUUCAGGUCCUGAUUUGAGAAUUGUGAUGAUUGGAAAAACUGGUGUGGGCAAGAGUGCUGUUGGAAACACCAUUCUGGGAGACGAACGUUUCAAAUCCUGUCCUGCCUCUGAGUCAGUGACUCAGUCCUGUCAAAAAUAUGAGAAACGCUUGGAUGACAGAGGAGUUAGUGUGGUAGACACAUCAGGGAUUCUGGACACUGCACAAUCCCCAGAAGACACCAAAAAAGAAAUUGUGAAAUGUGUCAAAGUCUCAUGUCCUGGUCCUCAUGUGUUCCUGCUGGUCCUCCAAGUUGGUCGAUUCACCAGGGAAGAGAAAAACUCAGUGGAAGCCCUGCAAGAGCUGUUUGGUCCAAAAGCUAACCAGCACAUGAUUGUGCUGUUUACUUAUGGUGAUAAGCUCCAAGGCACAACCAUACAAGAGUAUGUACGUACUGGCAACCCAGACCUCCGACGAGUCAUCCAAAGCUGUGGAAACAGGUUCCACGUCUUUGAAAACACCAGAAAUGACAGAAACCAAGUGGUGGAGCUGAUCAAGAAGAUCGAUGACAUGGUUGCUGGAAACGGGGGGGCAUGCUACACAGAUGCCAUGUAUCAAGAAGUUCAGGCCACUGCAAAAAGACUAAAUGUGAAAGCAGAAAACUUGGAUGAUGAGAAGCUGACAUUUAUUGCUGAAUUGCUGAUGCGUGUCAUGAAUUUCUUGGAAAUACUUAACAAACCGUAAAAUACAGAGUGUGAAACCAUAAUCAAUAACCACAAAACCUAAUCAAUAAUCAGUGAAAAUAGGACAACUUCUGUAGUCUGGGUGUGUUAACUGAAUAUUUUUACAUGACAAAAUAUUCUAAUAUACUAUUGUGAACAUGUGAUUGCAUCCUGGGUAUUCAACAAAUAAUACAUCAGUAAAAAAAAAAAAACUAAUGUUGUAAACUGUUUGAUCAUGAAGAAGAAGAGUAUGAAAGAAAUGAUGAAGACUGUAAAGUAACUAAAAUUUGCAUGUUUUUGUGGGGUGUAUAAUAUACAUAUACACUGUAAAUGUGGUUUGGUGUUUGAGAAUUUAAUUGGAUGUUGAAAUUUUACAUAAUUUGUUGAAGUAAGGAAUGGCU